CUUGUUCCGACGUGCUUUAAUGAAGUACUUACUUUGUUGGAAUUCUUGUUCAAUUUUUCUGGCAUUACUAUCGCUGCUAAAGGUUUACUGAAGUCAACAUCUAGAAUUCGAACUCACUGGAUCUGAGCCCAAUAGUGAAGCCCUUUUCUUGUCCUCUGCCGAUAAAAUUCCUUGUUCUGCUUUUGCGAGCAGUGCUGAAAAAGCAUUUGUUCACACCAGCAACAGAAAACAAAAUGAUAACCCGACAUAUUUUAUUUGCCAAGUUUUCUCUCCUGCUCACUACCCUGACCGGUUGGGAUUUGCGGUUCUGCGAAGGCUCAGCGACGACCCCGUUUCUUCCGAAGAAUACGAGACAGGACUACAACAACAGCAUCGACGCAAAUGCGGCUUCGAGUACGAGCUCUACUUGGAUCGACGCUCGGAACAAAACUACUCCAGAUACGAUCACGGCUGCGGAUUUUCUGCAGUUCCAAAGAAGGCGAUCCUGUGCGCGCGGGACCGCGACGCUUGUGUGCGCUUUCAAUUUCUGUUUUGCACUCAGCUGGUUUUCAGGGAGUGGCUCAACUUCGGUGAGGAAUUAUAGCCAUGGUCUUGUUCCACAUGGAGGUUCAUCUAUGCAGACGCAAAUGCUCGCGGUGCACAAGAAAGCAAGGCCGCAACUCAGGACGUUCGAUGACACGGCUGCGCUGCAGGAGAGCAUUUACACGUUCAACGACACCGCGCUGGACCAACAUGUCGCCGAGUAUCAAAUGCAAAAAUGUCUGGGUCUGGAAGAGUUGGAACUUGUGAUGCAAACUCUGGAAGACGCAAAACCUUGUGUUGCAUGAGCGCCAAAAGCUGUCCAUUUCUUGGUCCGCAAGUAGGAAGCUUCUCAUGCAGGACAGGCAUCAUGAGGCGUGCUCAAAACCUGUGAUGCUUUUGCCUGCAUCAGACGCUAUUUGCGUGAUCCGAAAUAUGCAUGACAAAUCUCGUAAUCUGGCAGACCCAGACAUUUUUACAUUUGAUACCGAACCAGGAGAAUCAAUUUCGAGGUUCAACGCGGAAGGACUGCAGACCGGGUGGCGCUCCGAGUCGCUUCUACCUACAUUCAGUCCUCCUUUUGGAAUGAACAUGAAGUCCGCUAGUGUAGGAGUUCCAGGAAGUAGAGCAGGGCCUCCUUCGACAUACACAGGAGCUUCUGCGGAGGAUCACAUAGGUGUUCCGCUGCCGUCCGCUCCCAGGGACGAGUCCCCCGGCGGUUUUCCUUCCUCCAGCAGAUCGUUGCUGGACCACCAGCAGACCACCACCACGCAGGAUCUUGAGCUCGGUCGUUUUGACUUCGAGCAGCGUUUCGGGAAGGAGGAGCUGAAAAGGAGCGUCGUGAACAAAAGCGCACUGAAACGCAACGUGGUGGGCGACACGUACUCGAAGGAAGAAGAGCAGGGGUACGGCAAGGCGGCGCUCCACGCAGCGACACCCUGGGCAGUUGUGCCUUUUCCUGUCGUGCAGCCGCUGGGCGGGCCGAUAUCGGCUUCUGGGGUUGACUUUUUGCGACGGGGAGCGAGUUGGGACACAGAAGUGAGUCAGCAGGACAAGAUUAGCUCUGACCCGCGAAGAACGGCGGAGAAGGGAACAAAGCAAGUCCGAGUUCCUCUUUCUUCUUCUGUGUCUUCCCCAGCCCCGGACGGGAAAGAUCAAGUUGGAAGAGGUGUUGACGCGGAAAAGAAAACCACUCCGAGCGGAGACGACCCAAGAGCAGGCCAGGCACUCUACAAAACGAAGCACGGGGCGAUGUACGGCAACGUAAAGGAGUUCGAGGGCACCGUCGUGCACGAAUUUUUAGGCAUUCCCUACGCGAAGCCGCCGGUCGGAGAACUGCGGUUCAAAAGCCCGCAGGAUGUGGAGUCGUGGUAAAAUAAGUAGAUGAGAACACUUUUUUUCUGCAUGGCAUGGAAAUCAGAAAUAAUAACUGAAGCCACUUUCCUAAAAGGUUAUUUGAAAAAUUCAGAAGACCCAUCAACAUCGACAGGUCUCCUCGGAUUCUGGACGCGACGCAGCAAAGAUUUUACUGUCCGCAGAAGCCUGUCGAGUACAUUCCGAAAAGGCAGCAAAGCGAAGACUGUCUUACCCUUUCUGUCUGGGUGCCACAACAGAUUCCUGAACAAGAUAAAGCUGGUGGUGGUGCCCGGGAAUCAACGACGAAAAGAACAACCACAGGAAAUAGAAUAGCGUCGAGGAACGAGCCCAAGCGUAAAAAUAUUACUAAAAACAAGCUUCCCAUUCUCGUCUGGAUCCACGGGGGCUCGUUCCACGCCGAUUGGCCGAAUCCGAAUCCUCUUUACGACGGCACGAAACUGGCCGCGGUCGGGAAUGUUAUCGUCGCAACGGUGAACUACCGGUUGGGAGCUGUCGGCGCCAUGUCGUUUUCCGAGUCGCAAGACAAGAUUUCCGAUCUUCUUCCCGGGAACCAAGCGAUGCUGGAUCAGCAGAAAGCGCUCGAGUUCUUGAAGGAGAAUUUUGCGUCAACCUCGUCCUCGCUGCACUCCCUCGGCGACCCCGACAGAAUUACGGUGUUUGGGCAGUCGUCCGGCGGGGUGCAGACCGCGUUUCACUUGGUAUCCUUCCUGAACAAAAAAGUCAACCUCUUCGGCGCGUUCCCCAUGGCGAACUUCGCUCUGCAUCACCAGUCAGAACCCCUGAAGAACGCCCUGGAACUGGGGAAGAAGCUCGGGUGUGGCAAAGUAGGAGGUCACAGCGAGAUCAUGUCGGGCGGUGGUCAUCUUGGUGAUGGACACGAUCAAAAUGCAUCGACUUCUUUGGAGGGUAGUAGUAAGGCAGGAAAAAUUCGUGUGGCGGAUGAGCCAGAAAUUACAGGAGCAGCUUCUGAAGCCGGAUCUGAAAUACAGCAGUCUCUCCUGACGUGCCUGCAGCAAGUCCCCAUCGAGCAGAUCGUGAAUCUCCAAGACUGGGUCGGGGAUUGGACCACGUGGACCCCGGUGGUCGACGGCUUUAUGUUCCACAAGCCAGCAGAAGAUGUACGUGAGUUGGCCGGUAGUUCAACAUCGAGUACUACUGAGAAUCCCCACGAUAGAUCGUCUUUUCUAUCCCAGUCCAGCGCGUUGCCAAAGUCUUUGAAAGACUCCAGCGCGUUCGACAUUUCUCCGAUGAAAAACGUCGCGCUGCUUGCCGGAUGCAACUCUGGAGAAGCCGGUCCCGACAAAUCCAUCGUGAACCAGGACCAGUUUGACGCGGUGGUGCAGAAUAUGGUGAAGAAGACGGGGUGGUUAAAAACUACAAAUCGCGACAUGUUGGGAAAAAAACCUUCCGAAGAAGGUCCACGAGGAGCAAAGCAAGGUCCUCUGACGGAGCAACAGCUCGUUGCCGUCCGCGACUUUUACUUGAACAGAAUCUCGGCCGACACGAAGAUCGUUUCCAAAUACAACUACGGGCUGGACUCCGGAUUUUCGAAGUAUGCGUUAGCUGCGCAGGCGGUCUCGAACGACUUGGAUCCGAUCCGGGAAUUGCGGGAGUUGGCUUCCUUGCAUUUUGACGUGCAGAGCGGAAGGAGAGGACGGGGAGGACGGAGUGGCGAAAAAAUCGAGGAAGAACGGCCAGGAGAACAGAGCUUAGGGUCCGCGAGACCGUGGUCCUCACAGCAGGAUCAGAACCACUCUGGAGCUGCACCAACACCAGCAGAUGAGGAACACGAGUUCGCAUUUUUGGCACGAAAGAGGGCCGUUAGUACUUCAACAGAUGACAGAAUAGCAAGCCGCAUCAGCAGCUCUACUACCCCGGACGGGAAGGCCGAGCCGGAGUUUCUUUUCGGCUCAACAUCUGCAGGCAGCACCGGAGCUGCAUCAGCGUCGGAGGUGCAGCAGCAGGACAAAGACAAUGAUAAGCCACGAGCCAAAACCUUUGUCUACGAAUUCACGCACGGGUCCUCCUUCGAGCCGACGUCUUUCCUUUAUGACAGUGCACAACUCCCCCUUGCAACAGCAGCAACACAAUUGCUGGCAUAAAUGCAGCUUUUGCAUGACAAAUUCGCGACCGAUUCCAGUGCUGUUUCGGCUUCCAAAAACCUGUCAUGCAAGAAGUGGCAAAGAGAAAAGGGUGGAUUUGGUAUUUUGCAUGACAAAUGAGGGGGAGGGGGAGUUGUGCAUUGUCAUAUCCUUCCGAUCAAACCGGACCCGAGUUCGACCAAUUCGUCCGCUGCGGUCGAGAAGUGGCGGCAACAGUGGGACCAGUGGCAGUCGAUAAAUGAACAGCAACGGAUGAGGGAGGAGGAGAAGCAGUGGUACCACUACCUCGCCCCGCACGGUGCGGAACUGGAUUUCCUGUGGGGCCGGGCGAUUGACUUGGGGACGGAGGAGGAGAAAUUAUUGUCGAAAUUGUUCAUGAAAUACGUUGCGAAUUUCGCCUACACAGGGGACCCAAACUCCGGACCGCACGAACCCCUGCCGAUCCCGUUCUGGCCGGAGUUUGUAAAUAGCGGAACAGUAAUAUCACCGCGAGGAGGAGACUCUUCGUCAGGCCCAUCCGUCGGUGGCGGCGGAGGGUCAAUGGUUAUUGAUAAUUUUACCAGGUGGGAAUGGGAUAGUAGUUAUGCACCAGAGGAAAAUGAAAAUAUGGAAAAGCAAACGGCAACAACGUCAAAGAUAGUGGCAAACGGAGUUUCUAUAAAAACGAUCGCGGAUGCCUUUGGCCCGCGGGGACCGGAGUUUCAGUUUUGGCGAACCUUGCUUGAGUUGCCGGAGGGGGACAUGUUCCGUCCGGAUUUUUUGAACCCGCAGCCGUAAGGAGGGUUUUUUUGUCUUUAUGCAUUGACUAAAGCACGCUGCAGCAACAGCGUCGCUUUUUAUUUGCUUUUCACGUCUGCGAAAUAAUACGAAUUUACAGAAGUCAAUUUCUCAGCUCACCACACCCGGGAGCGGGCAAGAGGUUUCUGAUCUAAGUAGUUUUGUCUGUGCAAUUUUGGAGAAUUGAUAACACGAUACUUUACAGCAUGUUGUUUCCAAGUACUCGACAGAUCUAUUGCGAUUCAUAUGGGAGACGUCUUUUGUCAUCGUUCCUUAAAGUUUUACUUACUACCUAUGACCGCUGUGGCGUACCAGACGAGGCGCCUUUAUGGCUUUUUU